AUGGGUAUUAAACACCUGUACCAGGUGAUCUCCGAGAACGCCCCCGAUGCGAUCAAGACGGGCGAGAUCAAGAAUCACUUUGGCCGCAAAGUCGCAAUUGAUGCUUCCAUGAGCAUCUACAGUUUCCUCAUCGCCGUCCGCUCCGAAGGCCAACAACUAAUGAGCGAGAGCGGCGAAACAACCUCCCACCUAAUGGGCAUGUUCUACCGCACCCUGCGAAUGGUCGACAACGGCAUCAAACCCCUCUACGUCUUCGAUGGCGCCCCACCGAAGCUGAAGUCCGGCGAGCUGGCGAAGCGAGGCGCGCGCAAGGCCGAAGCAACGGAGGCCCACGAGGAGGCCAAGGAGACCGGUACAGCCGAAGAUGUCGAGAAGUUCUCCCGACGGACGGUCCGCGUCACGCGUGAACAUAAUGCCGAGUGCAAGAAGCUCUUGUCGCUGAUGGGCAUUCCCUACAUCGAUGCGCCUACCGAGGCCGAGGCCCAGUGUGCUGUUCUCGCGCGGGCUGGGAAGGUCUAUGCUGCUGCUUCGGAGGAUAUGGAUACGCUGUGCUUUGAGGCUCCGAUCUUGUUGCGCCAUUUGACGUUCUCCGAGCAGCGGAAGGAGCCUAUCCAGGAGAUUCACCUGGAACGGGUGCUGGAGGGUCUGAAUAUGGAUCGCAAUCAGUUCAUCGACCUUUGCAUCCUCCUCGGCUGCGACUACCUCGAGCCAAUCCCCAAAGUCGGCCCUCACACCGCCCUUAACCUAAUCCGCGAACACAAAACCCUGGAAAAGGUGGUAGAAUUCAUGAAGAAUGACCCAAAAGAGAAAUUCGUGAUCCCAGAAAGUUGGCCAUACGAAGACGCGCGCGAGCUCUUUGCCAAGCCGGAUGUGCGCGACGCCGAGCACCCGGAAUGCGAUUUCAAAUGGGACGCGCCGAACGUAGACGGCUUGAUUGAGUUCCUGGUUACGGACAAGGGAUUCAACGAGGAUCGCGUGCGCAAUGGCGCGGCGCGUCUGACGAAGAACCUGAAGAGUGCGCAGCAGUCGCGCUUGGAGGGAUUCUUUAAGCCUGUCGCGAGGACGGAUGAUGAGAAGGCUAGUUUGAAGCGGAAGCACGAUGAGAAGUUGCAGAUGCAGAAGAAGAAGAAGAAAGAUGAGGCCAAGGCGAAGAAGGAUGCUAAGGCUAAGCCUCGUGCGGCGGGUUAG